GCUGUUGUUGCUGUUGGAGUAGCGUGUUGGAGGUGGCGGCAGUGGCGUGCAUGUGUCGGGGUUUCUCCAAGAUUUACGGGAGAGCUGGGUAAGCCAAUCCAGAUAACAUAUUGAAGGGAGGCUUUCUUCGUUCCCCGUGAGACUCAGGCAGUAGGAUUUUAUCUCUCCGUCUCCAGGAUGAAACUGUGUGUUAGCAGAAGCGCACCCUUCAUGUAUCCUGGAGUUGAGGCUUUUUAGGCUCCCUCUUGAGAGUCAUGGAUGGUCCAGUAAGUACAUCGGAGCCUCCCGUGACAUGUGUAUAGGAGCGUGAGGCAAAUACUUAGGGACCAUACACAUACACAGAUGUAUGGAAACUGAGAACACAGAGCAACACUCGACAGGCUUGCAGAUUUGCAGAGGUGGUUCCUUUGUUAUGUCUAAUCACUACCUGUCCAUUCGAGCUCCACUUGUAAACAGUGUGAUGGUGGGUGGUGUAUGUGUGCGUUUGUGUCUGUUCUAUUUUUAAUGAGCUGAACCCUUUUGAAUGCUGCUUGUUCUUCUCCAUCCCAUCUCUUUUUGGUUGUGGCUGAAAAACUCCUGCCCUUAUUUUUGUGUUAAAAACAUAAGCUAAAUGCCAUAACAUUUAGUAACUCAUUUUAUUUAGAGCAGUUGUAUUGUUUAACCAGGAAGUUAGAAACCAGGGGGAGACUAAAUUAAAGAGAGUGGGACGAGAGGGAUUUGGUGGGUUUUUAACUCUCACGUAUAUUGAAAAAUUUAAAUGUAAAUGAAAAUCAGAACCACUGAUUCAUAUACACACUUUAAUCACAGACAACUUCAGACUUUUGAGUUUCAGGUUUCUGGAGCUUCAGUAUGACUAUUUGGAUUCUGGGUUGGAGGAAGAGGAGGUCACAGUCAGCUCUUGGCUCAGCACAGGUGGAGCACUCAGUAACUCUGCAGGUCAGACUUAGCUGGUCUCCUUUGGGAAACUAACACACAUGCUGGCUCCCUGUGGUCAACCCAUAUAAACACAUGAGAGGGAAGGAACACAGACAAACCAUGAAAAAGAUAUACAUUGGCAAAACCGCCUUAAAAGUCCCCCGAAAUGGCGGCAAACAUCCAAAAAAGAGCUCAUUGCUGGAGCAGAAGGAGGACUUACGGAAGAGGCUUUCCUACACAACACACAAGCUGGAGCUGCUGCAGAACGAGUUUGACUCCACACGGCAGUACCUGGAGACGGAGCUGCGUCGAGCACAAGAGGAACUGGACAAGUUUACUGACAAGCUGCGCCGAAUACAAAGCGGCUACUCAGCACUGCAGAGAAUCAACCAAGAUCUGGAGGAAAAGAUCCACAGAAAUUCUCAGCACCAUGAUGAUGAGAAGCGGGCUCUGAGCAGAGAGAUCAUCGUCCUCAACAACCACCUGAUGGAGGCAAAGCUCACCAUCGAGAAGCUGCGAGAGGACAAUGAUGCAUACAGGAAGGACUGUAACCUGGCUGUUCAGCUGCUCCAGUGCAACAAGUCCCUUUACGGGGCCCAGCUCUCUGAGCUACCUGCUGAUUUUCAGGAGCGACUGACCAUGCACAUGGAGGAGCCUCCUCUCUGUCACACCUACUCCGACCCUGUCCCGGCCUCUUUAAUCGCCACAGUGCUUGAGAAGCCAGACGAGGCUUGCAGCAGCAGCCAGGCCUCCCGCUCCCCCAGCCCCCAAGCCCAGGACCAUACUUUAAUUUUGGAGAGCUUGGGCCCAGGAGAGCGCUUGGGGCUCCGUGCAGCCUAUAAAUCUGACCUGUACAGUAGCGACACGGCCCUGUACUGCCCUGAUGACCGCCAUCGCGAGCGGAGGCCCAGCAUGGAUCUUCAUGGUCAGAGGAAACUGCUAUAUGGGCCCCAGAACUCCACUGAUAGUAACCCAGAGGAGGGAUCAGUAGGGCUGAGAGCUGGCUUCCCCCAGGAGCACUUUGCUAAGUUUCCUGCCACAGUGGGUGCAGGCUCAAGCUCCUACUCCAGCUUCAGUGGAGGGGGGUCAGAAGACAAAGGCAAUGGCCCACCCAGCAGUGCAGCUUCCUCCCCUCGCCAUCAUUCCCUCUACAUGGAGUGGAGAGAUGCAGGGGACUAUGAGCGAAAGAGUGAUUCAUCCUGGGAGGGGGACAGUCCGAGAGGCUUUGCCAAUGCUCAUCCCUUCCAGCAGACAGAGCUAAGCCACCACCAGAACGGCAGCUCGCCCGUCUACAGCCGUACUAUGUCAUCCUGUUUCAGUGAGCCCUAUGAGCCGCUUCCUCCCUCUUCAUCCCCAAGCGUUGCCUACGGAGACAGUCGUCGAGGCAGUACAUUAGCCCCUGAGGAGGAGGAGCUAAUUGGUCGAUGGAGACAGCUUAGUGUGGAGGACUUAAGUGCCCACACCUACCGCAGCCCAGGCCGGGCCUCGCCCUACAGUUUCUCAGAGCAGCACUUCUCUGUCCGGCCUGCUAAGAUCCGACUCGGGCCGCUCUACAGCAGUUUCCAGGAGGGGGCUGACUAUUAUCAUCACGGCGUGGAUGUCAUGGACCCAGUGUGGGUAGCUGCCAGCCCCAGCCCCGAAUGCAGCCCAGGGCUGCGGCAGCCCCACAGCCAAGCCCACCUGUACCGAGCUGAGGACAGCCAGGGGUCAGAACACAGCCUCUACCACUCAGGGAGCUCCAAAGACAGGGAGGGCAACAUGGCAGCUGGUGGACAGGACACAGAUUAUGUAGACCCCAGCCCCAACAGCUCCACCGAGUCUCUCAACCAGAGGUCGUUGGAGAUGGCCGCAGAGCUGCAGCAUUAUCAAGUGGAAAUGCACAGCCUGCCUGCACAGUUGAGCCAGUCGCCACCACUGGCCCCACCCCCUCCGCCUCCUCUGUACAGCCAAGCAUUUGGCUCCCUGGGACUUUCCAGGAAGGACAGUUUGACCAAGGCCCAGCUCUAUGGAACACUUCUGAACUGAAGGACUUUCAAUCAGGCUUAUUCUUUGCUAGGAUGUUAAAUGCUUGGCCCUGGUGUGUCCAGCCACACCUACUGUUAGCACGGCCAUUUUGAUAAAAAAAAAAAAAAAAGAUUUGAAUAGAAGCCAGGAGCCAGAUAAAUUGGUUUCAUGAAACAGAGUUUUAUGUUACCAUUGCUGAUUAUUCACAAGGGUUGAAUGUAUGGUUGGCAGCAGUUUACACUAUAGCGGUCCAGAGGAAGUAAGUCAUGCUUAAAGUUGGACGCCGGGGUGACUGAAUGAGUGGAGCUCAGGCAGCCCUUAAAUUUGUAAGAAUGCGUAUGGAUUUAAAUCUAAAAUGUACAAAUAUAUACUUACAACUACAAAUUAAGUGAUAUAUUUUGUAUGUAGCUGUUAGCAAGAAAUCCAUCCAGAACAAUCAAACAAAACGUGGAUGCCCUUGAUAAACCUAGAACCUGUAUAUAAACUAAAAACCGUCAACCCAGCAUUUUAAAACUCUGAGGAAGUUUACCUGAGAAUUGAUGCCCAAAUAAACUGCACAUAGAUUUGUAUCAGUCAUGAUUUGUAAUCACGUUGUGAAGAUUUACAGUAAAUAUGAAUAUUUAACACAGCAGGACAACAAAAAGCAAAUUAAUCCCUCAAAAGAACUACAAGAAACACAUUUUGUUUUUCUUGUGCUGAUUGAUUAUGACAGUAUUGGUGGGUGUCUUAUAUUGUUAUUGAUGGAAUGUAUUGAGAUCUGUCUUAGCAGUCAGUAUUACUUUAUUUCUGCUUUUCUGUAUCCUAUGGAGAGGUUUUUCUGCCCCCGUUCUACCUCAGACUUGGAUGCCCACAACCCAUUAAGCCACUGUAACCCAGUUUAUUUGACUACAAUGCAUGUUUAUAUAUUUUGGUUGUUUUGUUUGCCUAAUAAAGCACAAAUUAUACAUAUAAGCUCCCGGCCUUCCUGUAGUGUCCGGAUGCAACGGUGUGGGGAUUUAUGCGCAUGAAUGAAAUAUGAUGUUCUAAUUCCCCUCUGCUUUUAAGUGAGGUCACAUAUGAUCAGUUGAAAUGACUUGAGUUGAGAGGAGGACCCUUCAUCAUUCAAACUGUGUGGUUUGUGCCUGCUGAGUCACUGUGAAGCCUUUCUUCAUCACUGUGUUAAUUUGAAAACAGGUUAGCAGAGAAGGAUUUCUGCCCAGUUCAAAACAGAGAUGAGGUUUGUGUUUCCCAAAGCCAUCACCAAGAAAAUCCUACAGUAUAAUGGAAGUGAUUCUGUGAGUAUUUGUAAUAAAACACACUAACAGCUCAAAUUCAUCAUACAGUGCAUGAUUUUGCAAUAUGUAAAAAGUGUUGAGCUUUAAUAGAUAUUCAGGGGGCGAACAAAAGUUAGAGCUCAAAUAACCCAACAAUCAAUCCAACUUCGAAGCUUGUUUUUCCACUGUGCUGCACACUUGCUAAUUCUGCUCUUUUAGGGCAGUAUAUUACACUGAGCUGGCCAAUUAAUUGAUUAGACAUAAAAGUAAUCACCAGCUAUUUUGAUGAUCAUUUCAUCUGAUUUCGUUUAGUCGUUUCAGAAGGAAAAAAGCCAAACACACCCUGGCUGCAAAUUUCUGUGGGUUUUGCACAAAACUUUAGACAUCACCUUGGACUUGAAUAUUUUAUGACAAUUUGCACAGCAGGCUAUUCAAUUACACCACUUGAUUAAUCAGAAAGAGCCCCACUGAGGUGUUACUUGUACUCGGGCCUUAAGUGAUUGGUUGAUUAAUUAAUUAACAAAGCUAUGUUUCAGGCAAAUAUUCCAAAUAAUUUGUAAUUGCAGCUUCCUAAAUGUGUAAUUUUGCUAAUAAUUUGUAGCACAUUAUUACAGUUUUCUUCUAUAUUUGACAAUCAGAACAUUCUGAGCCAUUUCUCAUAGAUCAGACUCGAUUAAUUAAUCAACUAAUCCCUGCAGCUCUAAACAAGACACUAAGAUCUCACACUGGGCUUUAGGAUAAUGGAGGUUUUCAGUAGUUUGAAACAUUUCUAAUAAUUAGGCUAUUACAAUUAACUGUAUGACAUAAUCAGCAGAUUAAACAAUGAAAACAACUCAAAUGCAGCCUCCAUAUUCAGCUUGCUUAGUGAACAGCUGUUCUAUUGGCAUACUGUAUACAGGACAUUCAGUUAUUUCAAAAGAUUUCUUCUAUUUAUUCUUUUGCAUCUGACAUUAACAUUAUAUUUGCUACUAUAUCUCCUUUCAGAGGUGAGAGAGGAUUUACUUGUAAGAUUGAAUUCAUCCACAGGAGGAAGCUGCGUCUCGCUGACCUGCGGGCUCGACUUUAGAGUUCCACCUCGUCCGCACACAGCGGAGAGCAUUUACACUUCAAACAUAUCCAGCAGGUAAGCUAGAUUAACAGCUACCCCCCCACCCCUAUCCCACCCCCUUAUUCUUUCUUUUGCACUGCAGGAUACGUACAUGCUAUAAGAUGCACAAAUUCUGCAUUCAAAUACAGUAGCUGAACCACAAAUGGAUUUGCUCUCUGAGGAUUUGCACAGCACAAGCAAUAAUGUGACCUCACACUGGAGGAAAGUGGGACAACUCAGCAACACUAUGAAGAGAUAGGUUCUCUCUGUUCUUGAUGUGUGUGAGAGUCUUAAAACACUGCCAUAAAGAAACAAAUAGAACAAGAUCCUCACUACUCUCUAGGUUUUGUAUUUAUAACCUCAGAGUAACCAGGCACUGGCUAGUUUUAGAAAUGCUUUCAGUGCCUUUUUUCCCAUUAAAGUCAGUUUACUCAUCAUGAGGAUUACUACUUCUGAUGGUAUCAGAAUAGUUUUAAUUCACUGGAGUAUUCCAUUAAUAGGUGUGUGCUACCUUAACAUG